GCGUGGCUGUGGGAGGGAAGACACGGCAAGCUUGUGUCAGAAUUUAUUGAAAGCAAUGUCUCGUCAAUAUCUUAAUAGUCUUGAACAAUGACUGUGCCUGAGAAGCGCCGCGUGUGAACUUCCGCAGUGCAUUAUUUACACCUAGCUAUUUCCGUCUCGCGAUAACAAGAUGGACACCUCGGCCACUUCGGAGGAGGAGCUGGAGACGUCCCACGAGACAUCCGCGGAGAGCAUUGAGAACGAAGUCACAGAUCUCCGUGAUGUCACCCUGCCCCACCGCCCUUCGCCCUUCACCCUCAGGUCCCAGUGCGGCAACGGGCGAUGUCCCAUGGGCACAGGGCUCUACUUCCGGUCCAGGAUCAGCCCGUCUCCUGGCAAGGGGAGACAAUUGUGACGUCAAGUGAGAGCAGAAAGACGACAACCCAUCAGACCCCAAGGGACUCCAGGAGCCAGGCUGCGACACAGGUGGACGCAAAUGGAGGCAUAGGAGGCAUCGCAGAAACUGUUCGGAACAGCGUUCUCGGGCUCUUUACACCAACGAAAAAUACCUCGCUACCAGCAAUUGUGGAAUCGUCUGAAUCAGGAUUUGAAGAAGGGAGUGUCACAGGUGAAACAGUAGUUGCCUCAUCACCAAACUCAGAGAGAUUUGUGUCUGCUCGGGAAUACUUCGCAGAGGCAGACACUCGAGAACGGUUGACCAGUGAUUACUUUAGUGGGAGUGAUACACCAUCAAAAUUAAGGGAGAGCACUCGCCGUUUAAGCCUCUACAAGCCACACAAUCCUUACAUUGCAUAUUCGUCAGAUGAAGAAUUUGAUGACUGGAAACAACAACCCAAGUCAGACUACACCUAUAGUACCUCACUCACUUACCGUGAUCGAGUGACCCCAGACCGGAAGAUCGGGUCCCCAAACAUGUCCCGUCGGUCUCUUAGGGGUGGGAAUGUGGGCUACCUCAAAUCCCCAGAUUUCUCAACCGCUGGGUUAGAUAGUGAACUCACAACCAGUAGCCUUAAUCUCAGGAACCGAGCAGUACUUAGGUCCAUGGAUGCUCUGUCAGAUACCAGCGAUGCUGAAGACACGCAGGAACAGCUCAUCAUACCCAGGAGAAGAUCCAGUAGGAGUCGAAGUAUUGAUGUCAUGCCCAAGUCAAAUGGCACAGCGAUGAGCAGAACAAUAACAUCUUCAACUUACACAACCACAAGAACCCUCCAUCGUGGCCUUGAUGCAGAUAGUGAUGUUGAUGAUGGCAGUGAGUCUACAGUUCCAAUUCGUGCAACACCGUUGACGGCAAGAGGUGGAACACCCCUUGGCCGAUCCUCAACGCCACUCACUGCAUUGAGAAACAGAUCAUCACUCACUGCUGAAAAUACCAGAGGAGGCUACACUUUGGCAAAGGGGGCCAUUGCUGAAGACAUUGAGGAAGAAGAUGAGAAACCCAAAAAUACUAUUGUGGCAUGGAGUCAGAAGAGCUGGGAGACUGUGGUGCGAAUAACAAUGAUAAUGACCACAUCAGUGAUAGCCAUGGCCACAAGAGCAGUUACAGCCACUACCUCAAAUAAAGUCGAUGAGGAUUCCCAAUCAGAGAAGGCCUCUCAGUCGUCGUUCAUAUCCAGAAUUAACACAACACGAAGGAGGAUGGUAACCUCGACAACCGAGUACUGGGAAUCGAUGAAGGAACGCUUAAGGAAGAACCCCAUUCUUAUCUGGAUCCCUUUGCUGCUCCUGCUCCUCUUAUUGGCUCUUGUGGCUUACUGGUGGCUGUUGCAGUCCCGUGCCAAGACAGGUGAUGCUACUGAUCCCAAAGAAACUGAUGGAACCUCAUUCCUGACACUUCUUGUGACUUCUGUCUCUGACAUGACCCAUUCAUCAAUAUCUGGCAUCUCUUGGGUUUUUGGCCUUGCUUGGCUGUCCCUCGUAGACUUGUGUGAAUGGAUUGGAUCUGCAUUUGUUGCUGGUGUAUCUGCUGCUUGGGUAUCAGUUUCGGGCAUGUUCACAUGGCUUGGGUCUGUGACGUAUGCCUGCCUUGCUUUUGCAUUAGACUGGCUGUAUAUUGUCUUAGGGUUCCUGCAGUAUAUAGGCCUAGCCAUCCUAAGUUUCUUUACUUCUGGUGUCUCUUAUCUCUCUGCCCUCUUCCUUCCUGUCAAUGAUACCAAUAACAAUAUGGAUGAAGCCCAAACCACCACGGAAUCAUGGAGCGUAGUUGGCUGGGUCUCGAGCAUCGUCUCCAAGGAAAGUUUCUCUCAGUUAUAUGCAAGUGCUACUGAAAUAACCCAAACCUCUGGAAAUUGGUUAUGGAAUAGCUGGCUCUGGCUUAUUGUGACCCUUGGAGAAACUCUAACUUCUGCUGCUGCUUAUGCCCAGUGGCUCCUCUACAGCCUCUUUUCUCUUGUUGUCUACCUGUUAACGGGACUGUGGAAUCUUCUGUUAUAUUUGAUCCUUGGUGUGACUGGCCUUAUCACAUCUGCUGCAUCAUCAGUCUCAUAUGCUGCUGUUACAACAUCUUCGGCGCUGACCAAUGGUGCCAAGCUGAUUGCCUUACCUUUUUAUGGAUCUUCUGAAUCAACAAAGGAAACCACCAGUAAAACGGUCAUCACAACUCCAAAAGUGGAACAGAAUAUCAAUGUGAACAAUCACUCAGUGGUUGAAAUUGUGGACCGAGUAUUGGGUAGCGAGGAGUUGAAAACCCUCAUUGCAGCUGUGGCAUCAGAGAGUUCCACAAAGGGACAGUUGACUAUGGAUGAUGUAUCAAAUCUUGUGAAGUCUGUUGUUGAAGGAGAACUUAACACAUUCAAAGAGGAAGCGUCUGCCUUGCGAGAUGAGGUAGGCUCAAAGAUUUCAAUAACGGAGGAUACCAACAACUACAUCUUGUCUAUGCAGGCGCAUCAAGAACACCUUAUCAAGCAGUUGGAUGAGUUGGGCACAAGACUAAUCAAGAUGGAAGGAUCUAAUGAGGAGAGUCAGAAACUAUCAGCAGAACAGCGUCAAGAGUAUGAAGAUCAGUUGACGGGUCUCAAGAAGGAGAUAGACCUGCUUGGCACUCAUCUCAACAAAUUACAGACCGACCACACCAACCUUGCUACUGAAGUUAAGAGCUGUUGCAAAAAUAGCAGUCUGACGUUAGCUGAUGUAGAGAGACACGUCACCACUUUACUUGGGGACAUCCUAGGCCUUCCAGCAUCCUCUCAAGAUGAAGGAGCAGAAGAUGGAGUGAAUACCUGGAGUGCGGGAGAGAUGGGUGCUUGGCUGAAGAGCUAUUUUGUUGCCAAGGAUGAGCUGGAAACAAGACUCAAUUUGCUAACGGCAUCAAUGCAGAUGAAACCAGUGGAAGGUGAGACCGAUACAGACAAAGCUUCAGGAGUUCUGAUACAGCAGACAAUAGCACAGACCACACAGAUGGUAAUGGACACUGUUUUGGAAAAAUUGCGAGCAGAGAUCCAUAAGCAGCAUUCUGAAUUCUCUGACCAGGCACAGCAGCAGGUAACAGACCAAGUCAAUCUCCAGAUUCAGGCAGCAGCUGAAGUCCUGGGAACACAGAUUACAGAUCAGUUACAGCAUCGUUUUGAGACCACAAAGGUACAGAUUACAGACCAAAUCAACAUUGCUGUAGAUUCGGCAGUCAAGGAUUCCGUGUCCAAGUCAGUUGCCUCAGUUGUACCUGAAGUUGUAGCAAAGGCAGCACCUGAUAUGGUUGCAGCAGUUGUUCCUGACAUAGUUGCACAAGCUGUUCCAGGUGCAGUUGACUCUGCAGUAAAGAUUGCAGUUGCAGAGGCUGUACCAGAAGCUGUAGAAAUAAAAGUGUCUAGUGCUGUACCAUCUGCUGUACGAGAUGCAGUUGCUGAGUCUGUUCCUGAAGCUGUUGCUAAAGCUGUGCCAGAAGCUGUAUCAGAAGCUCUACCAGGUGCUGUCAAUGAAGCAGUCAACACAGCUGUUCCUGAGGCAGUAUCAGCUGCAGUUCCAGAAGCUGUUGCCUCUGCUGCACCAGAAGUGGUAGCCUCGCUCCUGCCAUCAGUUGUACAGGCUGCAGUAAAUGAGACAGUGUCAUCAGCAGUUCCUGCUGCAGUGGAAAUGAUUGUAAAUAAGGCAGGUGAUCAAGAGUUAAAGCAGAGUGGAGGUGACAACAUUGCCAUUAUGGGAGUCUCCUCUGCAACAGACAGUAGUGAAGAAGGGAAACUAUCUGCUACAGUCAACAUUUCUCAGAAUCUUAACAAUGGAUCAAACUUUUCAUUUGUACCAUCUGGCAGUGCAUUCUCAGCAGGGUUAAAUGAAUCUGCCGUAAUACAGAUAGUUAAAGAUGCACUCAUGAAGUAUGAUGCAGACAAGACUGGAAUGGUGGAUCAUGCCCUAGAAACUGCCGGAGGAAAUAUUAUAUCAACGCGCUGCACGGAGAGUUACCAGGUACACCAGGCUGAAGUGAGCAUUCUUGGAUUCCCUGUAUACCGCUAUUCAACAAAUACCCCUCGCACCAUCAUCCAGCCGGGGCGCAUGCCUGGUCAGUGCUGGGCAUUCAAGGGAUCUCAGGGCUACAUUGUGAUUCAACUGGCUGGAUCUGUCCGACCAACUGGAUUUAGCUUGGAGCACAUACCCAAGUCUCUGUCACCCACGGGGGAAAUCGAUUCUGCCCCACGUGAGUUUGAGGUAUGGGGCCUGCAGCAAGAGAGUGAUGAAGGAGUUUAUCUUGGAAGCUAUGAGUAUAACCAGAAUGGAGAUCCACUUCAAUACUUCCCAGUUACCGAAGAAAAUGCCCAGUAUUUCCCAAUGAUUGAGGUCAAAAUUAAUAGUAAUCAUGGGAAUUUGCAAUACACCUGCAUUUACAGAUUUAGGGUUCAUGGUUUGCGGUAUGUUUAAAUGAUGUACCAUUGAUCUCAAGUGCUAUUAACUUUAGAUGUGACUGUGGCCUUAGAUUCAACAACUCCAUUUGCAUAUCUGGAUGAGUCAUACUAUCCUAUUUUGUCAAAUACUGCCAAUCUCCUGUCCACUGAUUUUUAUUUUAAAUUUUUUGUAUAGAUUGCUUGACUGAAAUCAGAAUCCCAAAGCCAUAUGUGCUUUUAUGAAGUUGGAUGUAUUGUAAAGACAUCAGUACCUGUUGUUGCCAGGGUAGUGAAUCCCUUGGUGAAUAUGAAAGUGUGAUAGUGUUUUCUCUUUUAAUUUCUUUAUUGUACAGUAAGACUGGACUGCAAGCUUUAUAUUCUUGUACAUUGUACAGCACAUUUCCUCUGGAAUGAAAAAUUGAUCUCUUGUAUGUAUAUUUCAUUCUUUCAUCGAAGAAAUACAAAAUUGAUGUGCAAGUUGCCAAGUUCAUUUUAAGCUACUUACUCAGCUAACUCUUGAUUUACAUCAUUGACUGAUUAAAAACUCCCCUUCCCUUGAUAAUACAAUUUUAUAGAUUUGGUUGCCAUUCAGAUUUAUUUGUAUGCAAACUGCAAUCUAUUUAAGAAUUUGAUUCAUUAGUUUUUGUUUUAACUGUACUGUAUAGAAAAAUAUUCCCUUAUUUUAAGAUUCCAAUACAUCAACAAAGAAAGUCAUAUUGGUUUGCUUAUGAAAUUUUCAAGAACUUCACAUUUUUGUAAGUCAAGGUGUUGUAUUGUUUGGGAUAUUUUUGAAUGUCUGUGAAAAAUAACUUCAUGUUUGUUGAUUGUUUGUAUAUAUGUAUGAGAGAAAGAGAGAGAGUGAGAAGAGAGUGAAUUUACAGUUCAGGUCUGCAUUUGCACAACUUUGUGCUGCAAAAUGCAUAAGAAGCAAAUGUAUUUUUUUUUUUUUUUUUUUUUUUUUUUUUUUUUUAAUCCGAUAAAUGGAAAACAAAGCAUUGGUGCUGAACAUAGCCUUCCCAGCCCAAAGAUUAAAUUUUUAUGGUGGCCUGUUACCUGCUGCUGGUUGGUCAUAAAGUUAUCUGUACCUGUAGAAGGUAUUGUAUUUGUUGCAGAAUGGAAGCUCUAAGGAUUAUUCUUCCAUGAUGAAUUAGUCCACAAUUUCACUUUUAAAAAUCAGUGGAGGCUAUGAUAUGGUUGUCAAGAGUUCACUCUAAUGUUGCCAAAGGUUGCUUAAGAUUGUGCCAUUCACAAGUAAUGAAGUUUACUCCGUGCCUGUUUUAGAGGCUUAGAUAAACUAGUAAUUUGAAUAGUCAAAUUGAAACCUUCAAACAACCCAAAGAUGUGUAGGGCCUGAUACUGCACAUGUAUUUUUAACAUGAGGUACAAAGAGGAACAAUGUUAGUAUUUGUAUGUAGAUGUAUGUACUUAUUUUGUACAGGUCUUGGACAUAAACUUUGUAAGAAAAAUUUUGUACAUUUAUGAAAAGACACAAAAACAGGAUAUAUUAUAUAUAUGUAUGGGAGAAUAACUGUUGGCUCGUGCCUGGUCUGCAAAUCUUCAUUUUCAUGCUUCCAGGGUAUUAUUUUUUCUUUUCUUUUUCUUUUAUUUUCUCUUAUUUUGCUAGUCUCCAUUCUUGAUCAGCCAGAAGAAACUAAUAAAAUAUUAACACAUUUUA